AUUGUGUUAUGACAACUGCUAUCACGAAUUUGAUAACAAGGGCGAUAAGCAAACCAAAAUGAAAGCUGUUUCCUUAGUACUGUGUUUUGCAUUUCUUAUACUGCAAGUUGAUUCUCUAAAUAGUGACCAGGCAUGUUUAGAAAUUAAGGGACAGUGUCAGGAUGACAACAACAAAUGCCCAGGGUCUUAUUAUAGCGGUAAAUGUUCAGGAGGUGAAACCCGGAGAUGCUGUACACAGACCGCAGUUGAAAAAGACGCUGGUUACUGUAGUAACUUACAGAUAGUAUCACGUGACAGUUGGGGAGCACGUCGACCUGUUAAAGUAUCAAACAUACCAAAUCCUGUACCUUACUUUUUCAUACAUCACACUGCAGGACGAGAGUGUCACUCGUUUGUACAGUGUACAAAUCUGAUGAAAGAAAUUCAGAAUUAUCAUAUGGAUGAUCCUCAUCGACAAUAUUACGACAUAGGCUACAGUUUUCUGGUAGGACAAGAUGGUAGACUAUAUGAAGGAAGAGGAUUUCGAAGAGAAGGUGCUCACACAAAACACUAUAACACUGUUGGCCUGGCAACCUCCUUUAUUGGAAACUUCAUGGAUCAUUUGCCUAAUAAUCAAUCGCAAGCGGAAGUUAAAGCUCUGAUACAGUGUGGUGUUUAUAACAAUUAUAUUUCUAAGAAUUAUAGACUAUACGGUCAUCGUGAUAUUGGAACCACAGCCUCUCCCGGCACUGCAUUUUAUAACGUGGUUCAAAGCUGGCCGCGUUACAGUGCUCAAAAACCAUUAGAGGAUAAAAUAUUUUAAAAUUGCAACACAGAAUGAAAUAUCAUAUACUUUAAAUACAAAUCGUUUGUUGCUGAAUAUCAAACAUCGUAUGUGAUUUUCGUUUGUUGCUUGUUUUGUACAUAAAUUAGACCGCUAACUUUGA